UCCUGUUGAAACUGUUUUUAGGAGGACGUUCUUCAACAUGACUUAUUUUGUUCAGCUGAAACUGAUAUGUAAUUUCUGUGUGCAUUGACGGGAGAAAAGGCCUCGAUGACAGCUGUUAUUUCAGGCUACAAACUGCACAACAGAGCUUUUUUUUCAUGUCUUGGGACUCAUAUAAGACACGCUGAGAUCUGUGCUGUCUGCUGGAAAUGGGAACUCCUGUUUUGUUCGUAGCCGGGACUGAGAGAGCAGUCCUCUGCACGCUUCUGCUCCUCUUCCUCUGCAGCUUUGGAGGGAAAUGUGAACUCCAGGAGCCGAAACCGUCACAGCAGACCACCUUCCCUGGAGUCAAACCUUUCCACCAUGAGCUCGAGGGGCCCCAGGCGUACCCCGAUGAGGAGAGGGCCAACCUCCCUGUGUUCACCAUGGACUACCCUCGGAUCCAGGUCCCGUUUGAGUUCACUCUCUGGGUGCUGCUGGCCUCUUUCGCCAAAAUUGGUUUCCACAUUUACAAUAAAAUCACCAUCUGGAUCCCAGAGUCCUGCCUCCUCAUCGCCAUCGGCCUCAUUGUGGGCGCCAUCAUGCACUCAGUCAAAGAGGAGCCCCCCGCCGUUCUCAACUCCAAUGUCUUCUUCCUCUACAUGCUCCCGCCCAUCGUCCUCGACAACGGCUACUUCAUGCCCACGAGGCCGUUCUUCGAAAACAUCGGCACGGUGCUGUGGUACGCCGUGGUGGGAACCCUGUGGAACAGCGUCGGCAUCGGGCUCUCCCUCUUCGCCAUCUGCCAGAUUGAGGCGUUUGAGAUUCAGGAUGUUAACCUGCAGGAGAACUUGCUUUUUGCCACCAUCAUCUCGGCCGUGGAUCCUGUCGCUGCUCUUAAUGUGUUCGAGGACAUCGGAGUCAAUGAGCAGCUGUAUAUCGUCAUUUUUGGAGAGGGGCUCUUUAACGAUGCCGUCACUGUGGCGCUAUACACCAUGUUUUCCUUCCUGGCCGACAUGCCCGUGGUGGAGUCCACUGAUGUGUUUUUGGGAGUGGCGAGGUUCUUUGUGGUGGCGGCCGGAGGCAUCCUUUUUGGGGUCUUGUUUGGGAUUGCAGCUGCUUUUACCACACGCUUCACCCACAACGUCCGUCAGAUAGAGCCUCUCUUUGUCUUCAUGUACAGCUACCUGGCGUACCUGGUGGCCGAGUGUUUCGCCAUCUCCAGCGUGUUGGCAAUCAUAACAUGCGCCAUCACCAUGAAAUCCUACGUGGAGGAAAACGUUUCGCAGAGAUCCUGCACAACCAUCCGACACGUUGUCAAGAUGCUGGCCACCGUCUCCGAAACGCUCAUCUUCUUCUUCUUGGGUGUCAUUACCAUAACGACGGAGCACGAGUGGAACUGGGGCUACAUCAUGUUUACGCUGCUGUUCGCCUUCAUCUGGAGAGUGAUUGGCAUCCUGGUGCUGACCCAGAUCAUUAACCCGUUCCGUACCAUCCAGUUCAAUUACAAAGACCAGUUUGGCCUCUCCUACGGGGGCCUGCGAGGGGCAAUCUGCUUCGCCCUGGCCUUUACCUUACCGGAUACCAUCAACAGGAAGAAUCUGUUUGUCACCGCGUCAAUUGCCGUCAUCAUAUUCACCGUUUUCUUACAGGGCAUCAGCAUCCGUCCAAUCGUAGAAUAUAUGAACAUCAGGAAAACCAACAAAGACAUUAACACCAUCAAUGAGGAGAUUCACACCCGGAUGAUGGAGCACGUUGUUAGCGGUGUUGAGGACUUGUGUGGACAAUGGAGCCACUAUUACUGGAAAGACAAGUUUAAGAAGUUCAAUGAUCGUAUUUUGAGACGCAUCCUGGUCCGAGACAACAGGGCUGAGUCCAGCAUCGUGGCUCUGUACAAGAAACUGGAGCUGCAGCACGCCAUCGGGUUACUGGAAACACCGAUGGGAGACAUCAGCGCGGCGCCAUCUGUCGUUUCUCUCUACGACGAGAGGAAGGAGGCGUCUCGACCCAAGAAGAAGUUCCUGGCUGCUGACGUGAGCAAAAUGCACGACAUCCUGUCGAAGAACAUGUACAAGAUCAGACAGAAGACGAUGGCUUACACCAACAAAUACAAUCUGCCCGACGACAGCAAAACGAGGGAGAUUCUGAUCCGCCGCCAUGCCAGCAUCAGACGCAGCCUUCGUGCGUCAAGUUUCCGUGAGCUGCCUGCGCAAAACAUCUCCAGGUCUCAGAAGUACUUCUCUCUCCAGCCUGGAGGGGAUCUGGAGACCGCUUUCGCCCUCCGAAGACGAAGUCAUGGUGGAAGUGGUGACGUGGACAAUCCGUCAGCUCGUGUCCAGUCCUCUAAUGUGACGCCGCGCUCCUCAAGCCGUUCUCUGGUUCCUAUGAGGAGGCUGAACACCAUCGAGGAGCAGCCAGCAGCCUCCGCCCGCCCACACUCUCUACCUCCUGGGGUGGAAGUUCUGAACGAAGGGGGACCUGGAAGUCUUGGAGGUUCGAGCCUCAGAGGCAGGAGGGCGCCAGUUCCUGCAUCCAGGAGGCGUAUUUCGGAUCAGGUAGCCGGAGAUGAAGACUCUGACCCUACAGGAGAAACGGAGGAACCAGUGCGGCCUCCUCAGCUACCACCACCUCGUGGCUGGGUACCCGAGAACCAGGAUCCCAGAGAGGGGGCAGGAAACCCCCUUCUUAGACACUCGUCACAGGGGUCUGGGGGAUCAUGACGGACUUUUUCAGAGAGGACGAGCUGCCCCAAAGGACAAACUAAUCUUAUGAGUUGAGAUAAAAACCAAAAACACAAGGGUCAAAUUAUAAAUAAAACAUCUUGAUAAGACUGACUUUUUUAUGGCCACUUUGCAUUUUAUUUACAAACUCGGAUAACCGCCUUGCAGUUGUAUGCCUCCGCAAACCAUUCAAGUUGCACUUUUA